CUUUAAACUUUGUACCAUGCAUGUGAUACCUCCCUAUUUGUGGGUUUCAAUGAAUAUCGUCCGAUCUCAGUUUCUGCGUCUCGCGUCUACAAUGACAACAUUUAUUCCGGAUGUUGAGCAGUUGUCUUCGAGAGUUAUUCGAGUGCUUGGAUGUAAUCCUGGCCCAAUGACGUUGCAGGGAACCAACACGUACAUAGUUGGCACAGGGCCCAGGAGAAUUUUAAUCGACACUGGUGAACCAAAUAUUCCAGAUUAUCUUACAAACUUGAAGAAGACAUUACAAGAACAUAAAAUUCAUAUUCAAGAAAUACUAAUAACACAUUGGCAUAGUGAUCAUGUGGGUGGUAUCCAAGGAGUCUGUGAACAGAUUCAAGCAGAACCACUUAUAUUUGACUGUGAAAAGCGAUGCCGAACAGCAAGGCAGAAACCAAUAGAAAUUUUUGAUUUCGAUGAGCUCUCUAAAGGAGU